CAUAUGAAGUGUUACGUUGCAAAUUUGCAAUGAAUGAAGUGUUUGUUGGGAAGUUGAGCAAACCAAAUAAUUAGUAGUAGCAAACUGCAAAUAUCAACAGAAAGAUCGGUUACUUGGUCUCUUGUUUUGGAUUUUGGGGACGAACUGAAGAUGUACAAACUGAGACACUUGUUUCUGAGCCAACAAUGCUCAUUCAUGGCGAUGAAACCUCUGAGACUGAUGCGGGUAAUGACCCAAAGGGCCUCAUUUUCUUCUUCUGCUGUGAAAUGGGAAUGUGGGGUUUCCAUGGUGCAGGGUGCUUCGAGAGGAAUUGGCCUUGAAUUCGUUAAACAGCUGUUGGAGAAGGAAAAAGGUCAUGUUAUUGCUACUUGCCGUAAUCCUAGUGGGGCAACAGGUCUUCUUCAUCUGAAAAGUAAAUUUGCUGAACGCCUUAGCAUUCUACAAUUGGACGUGACCAAUGAAAGCACUAUAGAGGAAUCUGCCAAGUCUAUCAGUGAAAAAUAUGGCUCUUUAAACCUUCUCAUUAAUGCAUCUGGGAUUCUUUCCAUGCCUCAAGUACUGCAACCAGAAACGACGUUGAGGAAAGUAGAGAAGUCAUCUUUGCUGCUUGCUUAUGAGGUUAAUGCUGUAGGUCCUAUUUUAGUGAUCAAGCAUAUGUGGCCUCUCUUAAAGGAUGGAGGCGGCUUGGGAACUGAAAGGGAUGUUGCAGUUGUGGCCAACUUAAGUGCCAGAGUGGGAUCCAUAGGUGAUAAUCGCCUUGGGGGUUGGCAUUCUUAUCGAGCUUCAAAAUCUGCACUUAAUCAACUGACAAAAAAUAUAUCAGUGGAAUUUGCACGAAGGAAGGAUCCAAUUACGUGCAUUUUAUUGCACCCAGGUACAGUGGACACAGAUCUCUCCAGGCCAUUUCAGAGAAAUGUUCCUGAAGACAAACUUUUCACAACAGAAUUCUCAGUACAGAAGCUCUUAAGCAUCAUCCACAAUGCGAAAAGCCAUGAUAAUGGAAAGUUUUUCGCCUGGGAUGGUCAGGAAAUUCCUUGGUGACCAUUGGAUUAUUUCCAAAUAGGAAACAAGAAAUAAGUUUUUAUUGAGUUGAAAUAUUUAAGCCUUCAAUUGUCUGUCAAACAAAUCAAAGCUGUUAAACAAAUAUGUUUGAACCUUCAAUUGAUAUCAGAAUAAAAAACAUAGCGCUUUUACUUUUUCACCUUUUAAA